CGCAUCUUGUCUUCGACCUUCAUCCGCUCCAUUUGUUGAGGAAGGCAUCGGCAUCGCACGCUGCCUAGACAAAGAUGCAGAUCUUCGUCAAGACCCUGACGGGCAAGACCAUCACCCUUGAGGUGGAGUCGUCCGAUACCAUCGACAAUGUCAAGUCCAAGAUCCAGGACAAGGAGGGCAUCCCACCCGACCAGCAGCGCCUGAUCUUCGCCGGCAAGCAACUCGAAGACGGCCGCACCCUCUCCGACUACAACAUCCAGAAGGAGUCGACUCUUCACCUCGUGCUCCGUCUGCGUGGCGGUGGCAAGAAGCGCAAGAAGAAGGUGUACACCACGCCCAAGAAGAUCAAGCAUAAGCGCAAGAAGACCAAGUUGGCUGUGCUCAAGUACUACAAGGUCGACGGCGAUGGCAAGAUUGAGCGUUUGAGGAGGGAGUGUCCCGCUGAGAUGUGCGGUGCCGGUAUCUUCAUGGCGGCCAUGCACAACCGUCAAUACUGCGGUCGCUGCCACCUGACCUACGUCUUCGACGACCCGAAGUAAAAGGCUUGAUGGUGGGAACAGUUGUUGAGAUAGCUAUGUAACUA